AUGCUGGCCGUUCGUUCAUUUGCUGCUCCAGCGCGGCGGCAAUGCCUACAAGCUUCGACCCGCGCCUGGGCUUCAACCGCAGUGCAGUCCCGUCGCCAAUAUGCCACUGCGAAAAAGGGGAAGGUCGCCGAGUUUCACGGACAAAAGGACUCAGACGGACUCUACACAGUCAGUUUGAUUGAGGGUGACGGUAUCGGACCUGAAAUUUCGCAAUCAGUCAAGGACAUCUUCGCGGCGGCCAAGGCCCCAAUAAAAUGGGAAGCAGUCGAUGUUACACCGCAAUUGAAGGACGGGAAGACGAGCAUCCCAGCGGAAACGGUUGAGAGCAUCAAGAGAACCAAAGUAGCCCUCAAAGGACCCCUCGCUACACCAAUUGGAAAGGGCCAUGUCUCCCUGAACCUAACCCUGCGACGAACAUUCAACUUAUUCGCAAAUGUCCGACCCUGCCGUUCGAUUGCCGGCUACAAAACCCCAUACGAUAACGUGGACACCGUCCUGAUUCGAGAGAACACCGAGGGAGAAUACUCAGGUAUCGAGCACAUUGUCGUAGAUGGCGUUGUGCAAAGCAUAAAGCUCAUCACCCGAGAGGCUUCCGAGCGAGUUCUUCGAUUCGCAUUCCAGUAUGCCCAGGAUGUUGAAAGACUAAAGGUCCGUGUGGUUCACAAAGCUACCAUCAUGAAGAUGAGCGAUGGUCUUUUCUUGGGUACCGCAAACAGAGUUGCUAAAGACUACCCAAACAUCGAAUUCGACGCCGAGCUCCUUGAUAACACCUGUUUGAAAAUUGUCACAGACCCCACACCUUACAACGAUAAAGUUCUGGUCAUGCCCAAUCUUUAUGGUGAUAUUCUGUCCGAUAUGUGCGCUGGUUUGAUUGGUGGUCUUGGUCUUACACCAUCUGGAAACAUUGGAGAUGAAUGCUCCAUCUUUGAAGCCGUCCACGGAUCCGCACCAGAUAUUGCCGGCAAGGCUCUUGCCAACCCUACCGCUCUUCUUCUUAGCUCCAUAAUGAUGUUGAGACAUAUGGGUUUGUUCGACCACGCACAAAGGAUAGAGACUGCUAUCUUCGAUACCCUGGCAGAAGGAAAGACGUUGACCGGAGAUCUAGGUGGAAAGUCGAAGACACACGAGUAUGCUGGUGCAAUUAUCAAGCGUUUGUAG